GAGGAAAACGGAUUUGCAAAUGGAGGCGAUAGAAGUGGUCUCUUUUUGAACAACCAAAAGAUACAGAUUUACCAUGUCUGAAUCUUUGUAUGAGAAGUUUUUGGCCCCGGAGGAGCCUUUCCCUCUCCUCUCCCAAAGGGCCAACCUGAGUGAUGUGGGAACUCUGGAUGUCAGCGAUUUUGGCUGUCAGCUAUCAUCGUGUCAUCGAACGGAUCCUCUGCAUCGCUUUCACAGUAACAGGUGGAACCUUACUUCCUGUGGUACCAGUGUUGCCAGCUCUGAGUGUAGCGAGGAGCUCUUCUCCUCCGUCUCUGUGGGGGAUCAAGACGACUGCUACUCCCUUCUGGACGACCAAGAACUCACAUCGCUGGAUUUGUUUCCUGAAGGCAGUGUUUGCAGUGACGUCUCCUCCUCUAUCAGCACAUACUGGGACUGGUCUGACAGUGAAUUUGAGUGGCAGUUACCAGGAAGUGACAUUGCAAGUGGCAGUGAUGUCCUCUCUGACAUAAUUCCAAGUGUGCCAAGUUCACCAUGUUUGUUUUCCAAGAGGAAGCCGAAGCCCCACCCUCAUCGCAACCUGGAUGAGCUGCCUUGGAGUGCCAUGACCAACGAUGAACAAGUGGAGUACAUUGAGUAUCUGAGCCGGAAGGUCAGCACAGAGAUGGGCCUGAGAGAGCAGCUCGACAUCAUCAAGAUCAUUGACCCCUGUGCUCAGAUCUCUCCCACUGACAGCGAGUUCAUCAUCGAGCUCAACUGUCUCACCGAUGAGAAGCUCAAACAGGUGCGUAACUACAUCAGGGAGCACAGCCCCAGGCAGCGAGCCAGCAGCACCAGGGAGGGCUGGAAGAGGAGCAGCCACAGCAGUGCCAGUACAGGCGGCGUCAGCGGAGCCAGCAGCAGUAACGCCAGCAUGGUCAGCUCUGCCAGCUCCUCCACUGGAUCUACUGCCUCCAACUCUGUAGCAGGGGGUACAGCCUCUGCCUGUAGUGGGAGCAGUGUUGCUAAUAUUAGCAGAGCUCACAGUGAUGGAAAUCUUUCCAGUGCUGCAGAACGCAUACGAGACUCUAAAAAACGUUCAAAGCAGCGAAAGCUUCAGCAGAAAGCCCUCCGCAAGCGACAGCUCAAAGAGCAGCGGCAGGCCCGAAAGGAGCGACUGAGCGGGCUGUUUCUGAACGAGGAGGUGCUGUCGCUACGGGUGACAGAGGAGGACGAUCACGGAGACGACCUGGACAUACUGAUGUGACACCAGUGAAUCAAUCAGUGCUCCCUCUACGCCUGCUUUCACUCCACCUAGUCACUAGCAUAGAGCUUAUAGAACGUGCUAAUCCACAUCGCUGCAUGCGUUAGCUCCGCAUAUGCUAACAUGCUUAGAAUGCUUUUUGUAAGAACAAUGUGAUGGCCAGUAAUAGCUUCUUGCAGCAUAUAACUUAGCUCGACAUAUUGUUUGCUAAUACUAGUGUUACCUGCUGGUGUGUAAAUUGCUAAGUGCUGCAGUCACUACUGCUCUAGUUAAUGUAGCAGUGAUAAAGCACUGCUAAUGCUUUAAUAGCCACAGUCUCUCCUGCUUACAGCCAGAGGUUAGCGCUGCAGCUCCUUAGAAGAUUGCAAUUGAAUUCACACUACUAAUGAUGAUUAUGGCAUCUUAAUGCAGGUAAUAAGAGGUUUGCUUAUAGAUGCUGUAAGAGGAUAUAUUCACUACUACCUGGCAGAAGGACAGAUCAGACGAGAGAGGUGGACUUUGGCUACAUUUGCUUCAGUGGGAGCGAUGGCAAAGGCUUUAUUCCCCACAGGGAGCUGGAUCCAAGCUUUGGAGGAUGAUGUAAUUUGAUCUGCAUACAAAUAUGUUCAUAAUCAGCAGGAUGAAUUGGUCUCGUCAGAUUUAAAGUGCUCAUACUUUUCUCCUUAACAGCCUCCUUUGAAGCUAAUGUUAAAGUUAGCCAUGUAUGCGACACAUUCUUUCACUUUUAAGUUCCUCUUAAAUAGAAAUAUGGCCCAAAUCCUGGAACAGCUGCAGUCUUGUGUGAAAUAAGUCAGAUAUGUUUGCUACUGGAACAUCAGGAUUUUCAGCAGUGCUCAGCUGAACGAUUCGGCUGGUUCACAUUAGACUUGAAUGUGCUCGAUGGAUUUUUUUUUGGUUGUAUUUAAUGCUGCUUGGUGGAGCAUUAUAUCGUUGUGUAACUGGAGUGAAGAUUGGACUAUAAACUAAUCCUUUAAGGCAGCUGAGCAGCAUUUUUCCUGGACUUUGAUCUUUUAUAGGUUUGAAUAAAAGAAGGCAGAUAACAGGCUAAAAGACGCAGAGAUCCUUUAAGCAUAUUAUGGGCAGUUUAACAUGUCUGUAAACUUACUGUAAAUAUAAUCCCUCUCACACUGUGUCGACACAUUCUUGAUGCUGAAUGAACUGCACAUCGAUGCACCCAUUGUUGCCUUUAGGGGAAAACAUGAAUCCAAACUACGAUGGUUUAGGUGUGGAAAAUGCAGCGAGCUGGUCUGUCUUUCUCUCUGCUGAGCUUUGUGGUCCCAUUUCACUUUUAAGGCUUAGAGGGAGCACUGAAACACUGCAUGUUUCAAUCGUUACCCACAGCGAAUCCCCGUGUGGACCAGAAACUAACAACUUGCAUCAUCGUUCGCAAACACCUGUUGAAAUAGCUUACCUGUGUUGUAAAUAAGCGAUCGGUACCAUCAUAUUUACUGCUUGUUUUCAAGGUUUCCUCUGUGAUAACGUUUCUUUCCUUUUGGGAGUGUAUGUAAAUGAUGGACAUGGCAAACUAACUGGUCAUUGGGGCUUGAAUGCGUUGCUAGGUUGCUGCCGAUCCCUUCAGAUAUUUUCAGUCAUAUUUUGAUGUGUUUUGUUGUUUUCAUCACUUUUAUUUGGUCUGUUUUUUUGUUUUCUUGAACUCCUACUUGAAUGUUUGACCCUCAUUGUUUGUUUGAGUGAUUUUGGGAAUUGUGGACGUUUUAUAGGGUUUUAAAGACCACACUUUGCUCAGUGGCUGGUAUGGUUUUGGAGCUAUUCUUCAGCUUCUUAUUUGAGCCGUCAACGUCGUUUCCAGAGAUGUGCUCACUUUGCUCUGAAGAUUCAAAUCCCAGACAAAGUGCUGAUGAAGCAGGACAGCGUUCUGUGGAACUACCGGGAUGUUUUCGUUUUGCUCAGUUUUUUCUUGUUAACUUGUAGAAAAGAUUUUUUUUUCCACAGCUUCUCUGCUGUAACCUGAUGAACCACUACAACUGUCGGCCUAAAAGCUGCUGUUUCUGAUACUUGAUGUGGACUGAGCCGUGGCUCUUGUUUCUGUCUUGUGUAUAAAAUAAUUACAGCAGUCGGAGGAAAAACAGCUUUGUGUAUUCUGUAGCAAUGAAUUAGUAAAACUCUAUUUUGAAAAAUGACAUAAUUUUGAAAUAAAAAUAAAAUAAGUGAUGCAACAGAGUAACUUCAGCAGAUAAAAUGCCAUUAACUGCUGAAAAUGAAUGAUAUUAAACUUACAAACCUACACAGGAUGUUUUGAAAGGGAAGCCCACUGUGGAGGUGUUAUAUUAUAUUACGCAAGUGAAAAUGUUUUCAUUGGCUACUAAAGCAAAGAGUGGAUUUACAUGCGUUAACUCCUGAUUAACAAAUGAUUCUGGAACAGUGUUGUGUUUGAAUAACAGGGUUGAAGGGAGACUGAGCAGUUCACUCGACGCUUCCUGUUUAUUGUGAACUCGACAAAUAAACAUUCAGUGUUGCA